AUGGACUAUACCGAGACGUUCGCACCCGUAGUCCACCUCAAAACCAUUCGAGCUAUCCUCGGGCUAGCCGCAAUCUUAGAUUGGGAGAUCGGACAGAUGGACGUGAAAGGCGCCUAUCUUAACGGAACUCUCAAAGAAGAAGUGUACAUGCAGCAACCCGAAGGAUACAGCGAUGGAACGUAUUGCGUAUGUAAAUUAAAGAAAACCCUCUACGGGCUAAAGCAGUCUGGCCGAGAAUGGAAUAUCAUGCUGAACCGCAAGUUACUAGACGCGGGAUUCAAGCGCCUAUUCUCGGAUCCAUGUGCGUACAUUCAGAUCAAAGGUGAUAAGAUAGAAAUCGUCACCAUUUGGGUAGACGACCUAUUAAUAUUCACCGAUGAUUGCGCACUAAUGGACCAAUUGAAGAGCGAACUCCGAAAUAUGUUCGAAGUUACCGACCUUGGCGAACCCUGGAAAAUUGUGGGGAUAGAAAUUGAGAGAGACCGUUCAAAGCGGACAAUCAAAAUCUCUCAGACAAAAUAUAUUGAGUCUAUCCUACACAAGAAUGGGCUUACGAACACCAACACAGUUGGGAUGCCUCUUGAUCCAAAUACAGUGCUUGAAAAAGAAGAACCCGAAACUGAUGAUGAAUGCGACUGA